AUGAGCAAAGUAACUCCGGAUACACCCAGUCCUCCAACAUCAGCAUCGCCACCUAAACUAGGCCUGGGACGACGAGAGUCCAAUGCAAAGCGGAAGGAAAAGAAGAAGGCAUAUAUGGAACCUCUCGUGGGUUGUAUAUUCGAGUCGCAGAUGAUGAGUCCUUCACCGGGAACUACUUAUUUCCAAGUAGCGGUCAUGGCCGAUGAGGGAAAGGUCAUAUUAAGGGAUUGGCCAAGGCAGAGAUUCUCCCAGAAGUGGACUCGGGACGGCGCACUAAACCCAGGCCAGAUCUCGGAAACGUGUGAAAACUUUGUCGCUGGAUCACUCAAGGAUGAAAUAACACGCAUAUUCGGCGUCGAGACUUAUGAUAAAGUAUUCAAGGCAUGUGAAAACGUCGUUGAAUCUAAAGCUCAACAAGUAGCUGCCUUGGCUGACGACGCCGCACAAGCCUGA